GAUCCUCGCAUCAUAGCCAGAAUUAUGGAUCCCAAUUAUUUAAGUAGAUUUGCAGAUACAUUCAGAAAUGUUAAGCUCACUAUACAGAGACAUGGACCAUGGUCAUCUGCUUGGGUUGGUGAAGCAGGUGGUGCCUACAACAGCGGCAGCCGUCUUGUCUCCAAUACCUUUCUAAAUAGCUUUUGGUACUUGGAUCAACUUGGAAUGGCAUCGAAGUAUAACACAAAGGUGUACUGCAGACAGGCAUUGAUUGGUGGUAAUUAUGGCCUUCUUGACUUGGAAACAUUCAUACCGAAUCCAGAUUACUACAGUGCGUUACUUUGGCAUCGGCUGAUGGGGAAGGGCGUUCUUAGUAUUGAUUUUAGUGGGUCUUCUUUUCUAAGAGCCUACGCCCACUGCAGCAAACAUAAAGUAACAACUUAUUCUUCACCUUUUGUAUACUCAUUUUCUUUUAGUAUUUAGCAGCUUCAUUAGUUUUCUUUUAGGAAACUCCAGGGUAAUGAGUUAUGGAAUCCUCGAAUCUAAUUUUUUGCCUUGGGAAGAAAAUUUGCUAUGAAACUUAAUACACAUCCAUGUUAAUUUUAUUAAAGCCAAUUUUGGAUAUUUUAUUGUAUUUUUGGCUGGCCUAGGAUUUUUUUUUUUUUAAUAAUGAUGGGGGCAUUAUGUUUAUAGUAUUAUUCUUCACUACCAAAAGAAAAAAGUGAAAUUAUAGUGGUGAUAAUACCCACCGUUGCUAGCUUGGUUGGUGGGCGAGCUUGGUUGGGAACCCCCCAACCCGUGCUCGAUUCCCCUCGAGCGGCAGCGCCUCUUAAGUGGGGCCCAAUCAAGUGCGGGUCAGGAGGUUUCUGGGGUGGGUGCCUUUUCUAGUUCAGCCAAGGAUUAGUCAUGCCGCCAAGCGCCCUUUCGGGGGUGACAGCAGAUGCAUACCCCGUUCCAAAAAAAAAAGAAAAAGUGGUGAUAAUAGGAUGUAGCUA